AUGUCGCAAAUUCCAGAGGUCCCUCGCCGCGUUUACGCCCGCAUGCCCCAGAAAUGGCAAGACGCAAUUGAUGAAAAACGGGCCGAGUCCAGGAGAGUGAGCUCGAGCAUUGCAACAAAUUCAAAAGUGCGAUCAGUCUCGGAUUUCUUGGAGGAAAAAGUCCGUGCCCACCAAUGCGAGCUCGCUUUCUUUCAAAGUGUCCAUGAAGGAAUCCACCGGGCCUACGAUUCUCACUUACUCUCGCCAGAGGAGUUCCGGGACGCGGUAAGCCCAUUCUUGUCGAGCGCCAAACAAGUCUCCGCGGAGCUUGGAACAAUUUCCAGACAGAGAAAGAUCUUGGAAGAGGACUUAGAGGAAUCUGUCAAUGUGAAGCGCCGACGACAUGGAGAACCAAGUCGCGAGAUGCUAGAAAGGGCAUAUACCUCUAGCAUUCUUGAACGAGUCAUGGCAGCCCGAGCUAAGCACCAAAAGGACAAGAGUUUCAACCCGCGAAAGUUCAAAAAAGCUGUGAAUGACUAUUACGGCAUUCAUCCCGACAAUGGGAUUGACCCUGGGGCUGGCUUUUGCCAUAUACUAGGGGUCUUCAAUGCCGAGGAUAUCAAAGCCGCCCACAUCGUGCCAAAAAGCCUAAAUGGAGAUGAGAUGGCGCAUCUAUUCGGGGUGGAAGAGCUUGUUGCUGAAGACCCUCGGAACGGGCACUUGAGCAAGGUCUAG